AGACAUCUUGUGAGUCCAAACUCCCUGUUUAAGCAGGGUCAGCUGCAGCAGGCCAUCUGUGGAAAAGAAAAAAAAAAAAAGAGAAAAAUGAAGUGCGUAUUCUUAAUAUUUUUCAUUAAUUUAUUACCACUGUAUGCUGGGAAGUCUUUGACAAGAGAUGGCAGUUACCCAAGAACAUUUGAAGACAUUAAAAAUGAGAUAGCUGGCUAUUCUGAUAUUGCUAAAGCUAUUAUUAAUCUUGCUGUUCAUGGAAAAGCUCAAAACAGAUCCUAUGAAAGAUUAGCAGUUUUUGCUGAUACCAUAGGACCUAGACUAAGUGGCAUGAAAAAUCUAGAUGCAGCCAUCAAGUAUAUGUUCAGUGCCCUGCGGGAAGAUGGGCUGGAAAAUGUGCAUCUGGAGCCUGUGAAAGUACCACACUGGGAAAGAGGAGAAGAGUUUGCAAUGAUGUUGGAACCAAGGAAUCACAGCAUUGCUAUUUUGGGUCUUGGGAGCAGUGUUGGAACUCGUCCAGAAGGAAUUACGGCGGAAGUUAUAGUGGUAGUCUCUUUUGAUGAACUUCACAAAAGAGCUCAGGAGGCCAAGGGGAAGAUUGUUGUCUACAACAAACCUUUCAUCAGUUAUGGUGAAACUGUGCGAUACAGAUCACAAGGAGCAGUGGAAGCUGCUAAAGUUGGAGCAGUCGCAUCACUCAUUAGAUCCAUUGCAUCUUUUUCUAUUCAAAGCCCACAUACUGGGUGGCAGAAUUACCAGCCUGGUGUACCCCGGAUUCCCACUGCCUGCAUCUCUGUGGAAGAUGCUGAAAUGAUGUCACGAAUGUCCCUCCGGGGCAUUAAGAUCAUUGUGCACAUGAAGAUGGGAGCUAAGACCUAUCCAGACGCUCCUUCCUUUAACACUGUAGCAGAGAUAGUUGGAAGCAAGUACCCAGAGCAGAUUGUAUUGGUCAGUGGACAUCUGGACAGCUGGGACGUUGGGCAGGGAGCUAUGGAUGACGGUGGUGGAGCAUUUAUAUCAUGGGAAGCAUUAUCACUCAUUAAGGAUCUUGGACUUCGCCCAAAAAGGACUCUGCGCUUGGUGCUAUGGACAGGAGAAGAGCAAGGAGGAAUAGGUGCUGAGCAAUACUAUCAGUUGCACAAGGAAAAUAUCUCCAACUUUGAUAUCGUCAUGGAGUCUGAUGAGGGCACCUUCCAGCCAUCUGGACUGGGUUUUACUGGCAAUGCUAAAGCUCGGGAGAUCGUGAAAGAGAUCAUGACUCUGCUGCAGCCCAUCAAUGUUACAGAUGUUUACGAUGAUGCAGAUGGAACGGACAUUGAUUUCUGGAUGAGAGACGGGGUGCCCGGUGCCAGCUUGCGUGAUGACCUCAGUAAAUACUUCUGGUUUCAUCAUUCUCAAGGGGACACAAUGACAGUUCAGGAUCCAAACCAGAUGAAUCUCUGUGCUGCUGUUUGGACUGUUGUCUCCUAUGUAAUUGCUGACAUGGAGGAGAUGUUGCCAAGGUAAUAAAACAGCAAGAAAGAAGAUUUCUGUUCUUCAGUAAAGAUUGCGAGUCCA